AUGCUGUCCUAUAUAUCUGCUGCUUUUCAGUCCCCGUCGCCGGACGAAGGCGUGCAGCAGCGACGGCCACGGUAUGCCGGCGAAGAUACCACCCCAACGAGUCGCCGGGAAAUCCUGGGAUGGUACUCAUACGGAAUUGCAGCUGAAGUGUUCGCAGUCUGCGGCGUAGGUUCUUUCCUACCCCUCACCUUGGAACAAUUAGCCCGGGAGCGCGGCACCCUACAAACGAGCCGCCUUCCCUGCGUCGGACCAUCAAUAGGGAACAGCACGAAUAAUGCUGAGCAUGGCCAAUGUGUGGUCCCCGUCUUCGGCCUCGAGAUCAACACAGCUAGCUUCGCCAUGUACACUUUCUCACUGGCCGUACUUAUCCAGGCGCUAACACUGAUAUCAUUCAGCGCGCUGGCAGAUUAUGAAAACAACCGCAAGACAUUGCUUAUGGUCUUCGGAUUCACCGGUGCGCUCGCCAGCAUGUUGUUCAUAUUCAUUGCGCCGCCUGCGUUCAUUCUGGGAUCCGUCUUGGUCGUCGUUGGUGUGACCUGUCUCGGUUCUUCCUUUGUUGUGCUGAACUCUUACCUCCCUGUGCUUGUCGCUAACGACCCAUCCCUGCGAAAGAAGAUGGAUGGCAGCGCGGAAAUGUCGAGCUUCGACCGAGACGGAGAUACCUCGGAUUGGAACGAUUGGGGUAACGAUGGUGCCGACGAUGACAGUUUAGAUGAACUCCAGCCAUCAGGCCAGGCACAGAGCUCCCUCGAAGGUGGAACAGGAGCCAAAGCCCCCUCGUCCUCCCCGGAGCUGCAACUGUCGACCAAAAUCUCCUCCCGGGGGAUUGGUCUUGGAUAUUUUGCAGCACUUUUUGUGCAAAUCAUCAGCAUUAUCACGCUCAUCACAUUGUCCAAGACCUCCCUUGCCAAAGCGUCUUCCACUCUUCCCAUGCGGUUCGUAUUGCUCCUGGUUGGACUUUGGUGGGGCGCAUUCACCUUGGUCACUCGUAAUUUGCUGAAAACACGACCGGGUCCACGCCUGGACACUGUCUCCACCAAGGGAACCGGAAGAUGGCGGGCCUGGCUACGACUGGUCGGAUUUGCGUGGAAAUCCCUGUGGGAGACCGUCAAAGUAGCCAGCAAACUGCGCGAAGUCCUGAUCUUCCUCGUAGCAUGGUUCCUACUCUCUGAUGCAAUGGCCACUGUGUCGGGAACAGCGAUCCUAUUCGCGCGCACGGAACUCCAACUGAGCACGCCGCUCAUUGGGCUUCUCUCCAUCACCGCCACCGUGUCCGGCAUGACGGGCGCAUUCUUAUGGCCACAUGUGUCUCGAUACUUUGGCUUUCAGCCGAACCAGACCAUCAUCCUGUGCAUUGUCCUUUUUGAGUUAAUCCCCUUGUAUGGGUUGCUGGCUUACAUCCCCUUCAUCAGAAACUGGGGCGUGAUCGGGUUACAACAGCCGUGGGAGAUUUUCCCGCUAGCCAUCGUGCACGGAGUCGUUUCUGGGGGACUGGCAUCCUACUGCCGAUCAUUCUUUGGACUCUUAAUUCCGCCCGGGAGUGAGGCUGCGUUUUACGCUCUUUACGCUGCUACUGAUAAGGGAAGUUCAUUUAUUGGACCCGCUAUUGUGGGGGUUCUUGUAGAUGCGACCGGUCAGGUGCGGAGUGGAUUUUUUUUCAUCGCGGUGCUCAUCAUUUUACCUAUUCCGCUUGUGUGGAUGGUGAAUGCGGACAAGGGCCGACGUGAAGGUUUGGCUAUGGCUGAGACGGACAAGUCACAUGGUGGGCCUGCUGAGUACGAGGAAGCCGAAGGGCUAUUAGCCCGGUAG